AUGGACUCUCCACGCCGGAGUCGGAAUCGCGCCGCUUGUCGGCGAUGUCAGCGACGGAAGAUCCGCUGCGACGGCGAGCUGCCCCGUUGCGCAUCCUGCAAGAAAGCCAACGUGCCAUGCGUGAAUGACGGUAAGCAAGAAGUCAAUCGCACGUACAUUGCCAAUCUGCAGAAGCGACUGCAAUGGCUCGAGUCUUUGGUCAGGGAGCAGGGAUCUACGGCUCGACUCGAUGCUGGCCCGCCGUCCGAUGUGGCCGAAGAUUCUCUAAUUGACCCUGCGAAUGAAGAGCAUCGUGAUUCUGCUGUUGCAUAUAUUGCUCCUCGAUCAGCAACACCGCAUGAACAGCCGUCUCGACCAGUAGACCCGCAGCCAUCGCGCACGCAGUCGAGACAGGCUCAUGAGAUUGGCCUCGUAUCUCUUUUUCCCGGCGGCGAGCCCAGAUACAUCGGGCCCUCCAGCGGUUACUUUCUCGCCAAUCUUGUCUUCUCAAGUGCUGGUCGACGAGCCGGUGCCUUCAUGGGCAAUGCCAAUGUGGUCGAGCCUAUAUCCUUGUCGACGGAGCUCUUCAAUAGUCCGGCCUCACUACCCUGCCGGAAAGAAGAUGCCCUGGAGCUUUCUGCUAAAUACUUUACCUCUGUCCACCUCCUCUACCCAUUCCUGCACGAGCCAUCUCACAUGCAGCGCGUCGAGAAAAUGUACACCGAUGAUACAUGUGUUACUACUCCCGAUCCGGCUUCCGCCUUUCAUGUCUACAUGGUGCUUGCCAUAGCAGCCUCUGAUCUCUCUCGGCGCUUCAAGCUCCGGCUUCCUGCUGAGGGGUACUACACGGCCGCCACGCAACACUUUGAACGGGCAUGCGCCGAGGGCUCCUUGGAGGGACUGCAGAGUCUGCUGCUUCUUAUGGUGUAUGCGCUCCACAACCCGUCCUGUGGCAUCAAUAUCUGGAGCUUGAACUACCUGUGUCUUGGAACACUCAUCGACCUGGGUUUGCAGCGCGAUGUUCGCACGUCGUCUGCAUUCCCGAUAUCUUUUUUGGAGCAGGAAAUGAGGACCAGGAUCUUUUGGGCCGUGUAUACUAUGGACCGAACGCUCGGUACAAUGAUGGGGCGGCCGAUCGGGGUCCGGGAUGAAGCGUGCGAGCUGCGACUUCCUUCGGAUGUUGCCGAUUGCUAUCUCACCGAGUCGGUGAGACCUGAAGAGUCAAGGGACACGCCGUCGCACAUGUCAUAUUCGAUUCAUCUGUUUAAGCUUGCGCGAAUGAACUCUGAGAUCAAAUAUGUCAUGCACAGUAUCUGCAGAGAUCCUCCUCGCUACGCUUAUCCACCAGUCGCCGACAUUCACCUGUGGCAAAGGGAGAUGAUUGACCGUCUCGAAACAUGGCUGACGGAUACCCCACGAGUGACAGGAAUGGAGUCAAUAGCUAAAGUCUGCGAGACCAAGUACCAUGAGAUGAUGAUCCUCAUCCUUCGUCCUAGUCCCGGCAUCCCGGAACCCUCCGAAGACCUGCUCACACGCUGCUUCCAGCACGCCGUGGAUUUGCUUCGCGGAUUCGGAGAGCUGUACCGACAAGAGGCGCUGCUAUACAGCCGGCUUAUUGUGCAUUCAAUCUUCCUCAGCACCCUGAUCAUGCUCCACUGCCUGUGGCGAUUCCCACAGAUCGCGUCGCAUGUCCAGAUCGACGAGGUCGCCGCUGACUCAAGUAUCAGCCUGAAUAUCCUCAGUAGUAUUGGUGAGUACUGGGCCGAGGCGCGCCGAGCUAGAGAUUGCAUUCAUGAAUUGUCGAGCGCUACUAUCCAGCGCUUGGUCAAGAUGCGAGGCUUCGAUGCGCCUGCAGCCAUGACCCGAUCCAACCGGACUGCAUCUCAUGCUGUGUCUGGUGUGUCGGGUCGUGGUUUACGCGCACAAAAUCCAAUCGAAACUCCUGGCCCGCCUUCUCAGGCUGAUUCGGGUAUUGAUCCUGCUUCUGCUAUUAGCUCAUUCCCCGAUGAGUAUGAUCUGAACAUUGACUCUACGAGUUGGUUGACUGAUUCUCUGCCUGGGGGGUUUAUGGAUUUUGCUGGCGCUCCUGAUUUUGAUAGCCUUAUGUGGGGGGUGUUUAACAGCACCUAG